AUGGCCCCACAGUUAAGGGAGAAAUCGAAAGCUACUCCAGCCAAACCCGAAUCAUCAAAAACUGACGAUGAACGCGAGCUCUUUGUGGAAAUCCACUCCCAACACGUGAAACCAGACGAUCUUUGGAAAAGCCUUCUUGACACUGCUGGACUGGAAAAGGUGCACGAGCACACCGACCAACUAGCCAGUGUGUUUGACUUUGUGAACCUGGCCACGGCACGCCGCGCAAUUGUUGCCUUGCUCUGGAGCUAUUUUACCGCAGGGGAAACGGGAUCCUGGAAAUUGCUCCAAAAGGAGCUUGGAAUAAACGAAAAAGACCAUGUCGAUAGGACGGAGACACUGAUCCGGCGUGCCUACUUUGUCCGAUUCCCCGAGCGCGACGCUUCUGUAUUGACUGAUCAAGAGAUGCUUGUUGCACUGGGGUUUCCCAGCGCCGCCAAACAGAUAGUUGCGACACCACAGAUCAACUGGUCGACCGAAAUCGUCCAGCAAGGGUUCGACGCAGAAUAUCAGGGACACGAUCUUAUUAAAUCCACUGGCCAGCCCCCUCGUUCCGACCUUGCUACACACUUUACCCCAGUGAAACCAAUACCGAACAUGAUUCAGCACUAUUCCUACCUAAUCAUCGCAAUUCUCAAGGCGGUGUAUGAUUUUUUCAAACGACCCGAUAUACGUACUAAAAGCUUGGAAGAGCAAUUAUCUGAGUGGUUCGACUACAGUUUUCAAAUGAACAAUAUUCCGAAGGAUAAAUUCAAUGCCAAGGUCGAAUAUGAAUUGAAUAACUUGAAAAUGAAAACCAGCUCAGAGUCGAACCUAACUUGGGAGGACAUACAAAUAGAUCUUGAUCGCCAACCAGCCGUCAAAGAAAUUCAGCCAGUUCAAAAAUGGGCCUGCGAACCGGUUGGCCGGAAAUGGGUGAUCGACUUCGUAGUCAUGGCUACCCCCGAAGAUUUAAAGGCCAAUGCCUGUCAAUGCUGGGAAUGGCCGAUCGAUACUUGUCCAAAAGUCAAUAUCCAAACAAUAGCCCGAGUUCGUCGAAUUGGACAGACCCAGAAGGUUACCGUCUACCACUUGAUUUGUGCAGAAUCAGUCGAGCAGCAGAUGAUCGGCCGCCUACGUAAAAAACUUUAUCUUUUGUUGAAGAUCUUGGACUUCAAGGGAACUAACCCGGAUAACUCAUUGACAACUAGCAACGAUACAAAUGAUGAGGAAACCACUGUGAAAACGUCAGUGUCUACUGCCGACCUCUGUGCAAUCCUGCGCGGUGGUGCUAGUUCCUUACACAAGCACUGGAGACAAGCAAACGAUUUGGAUGCAACAACUUGA